UAACACGGUGUCUUCGCUGAUACAGACCCGUGUACUUGAUCCAUACAUGCAUUUUGUUUAUAAAUAUAUAAAUAUUUUCUUUGUUUGUAAUGGCUGAUGGAUCAGACAGCGAAGAGCCUUGGCCAGAUAACGAAGAAAAAUUCUACAAUGAUGCAAAAGAGUAUUGGUCUUCCAUCAAUCCCACCGUCGACGGCAUGUUAGGAGGCUUCGAAAAGAUCUCGCCAACUGAUAUCAACGGAUCAAAAGCUUUUCUUAGACCGUUUCUAAAGGUUGGAAAAGGCACCACAAACAAUCACAGAGCAUUAGACUGCGGAUCCGGAAUCGGUCGCAUCACGAAGAGGCUUCUUCUGCCCAUGUUUGACACAGUAGAUAUGGUAGAACAGUGUCAGAAAUUCCUGGAUUCAGCACGUGGUUUCAUAGGUGAACAGUCAUCCCGUGUUGAUCAGCUCAUAUGCUCUGGAUUGCAGGAUUUUACUCCCGAGGAAGGGAGAUAUGACGUUAUCUGGAGUCAGUGGGUGUUGGGACAUUUGACUGAUGAGCAUCUCGUAAAUUUUUUCAAGCGGUGUAAAAAGGGCUUGGCACCGAACGGAAUAAUGAUUGUGAAAGAUAAUGUGUCAGGUUCCAGUGAGACUCAGUUUGAUGAUAUUGAUAGUAGUUUUACACGCUCAAAGGACAGCUAUGUGCGAGCGAUGAUGAAUGCUGGAAUGACAAUUCUGAAAGAAGAGAAACAGAAAGGGUUUCCUAAGGGUCUUUAUUCUGUGUGGAUGUUUGCUUUGAAGUAACAUUUAUUAAAGUAACAUAAUUUCUUUGUUUUCUUUCUCUUAUUAAUUUGUUCAUUGUUGAGGUAAAUUAAUACAAAACAGUGUGUGUUGGCUAUUGUAAAUUGUAUAUGCCUUUAAGAUUUUAAGGUGAAUGAGAAAACUAAUGAACAACUUUUAAACAAA